AUGGAUUCUUUGAAGAUGUUCAAAGGUUAUGGCAAAGUAGAACACGAGCAACACCACCUUGAAGAUCAUUGUAACCCCAAACCCAAACCUAAAUUCUCAAAACCCUUCAUCGCCACAAUUUCCAUCUUCGCAAUACUCUUCCUCACUCUCACCUUCGCCUUUGCCCUAGCAUCCAUCCUCCACCACACCAAGUCACAACAACAACUUCUGAUCAACUUGGUCGAGUCGAUCCGAUUCGUUUGCAAUGUCACGCGCUUCCCCAGUGCGUGCCUCCCUGCCAUCCCACCCUCUGCCAACAUCGCUAACCGUAAGCGAUCCUCUCCCUCUCACUUUGUGCAUCGCUCUAAGCGCUCCAGAGCCUCAAUUCCAUGCUCGAAACAAAGAAUUCACGUGCGCUCGCCAACUGUAGGAUUCAUCUAG